UUAACCCACCACUAAGAUCUCUGGACUCCCAGGCUAUCACAGUUCCCAGCCUAUCACAUCUUUCCUGGAUUCUCCACCAACCUUCCCAUACCUUGAAGCUAAGUCUAAGCCCUUAACGUCAUCCUCUUCACCAGACUCAACUUCCUCACCUCCUUGUCCCUCCAUCACUCUUGGCCAAUCCUGUCAAAGAAACUCCAUGUUGGGGACAUUUUACCAGAAGAAAAGAGUGCCUUCAAACUUUUCUAUUAAGUGCUUAUUUCAAGAAAGGAGAUGAUCUCUUUGAGCACAAACUUCAUGCAGAAUGGGAGACAGGAGACAAAAAAGAAAACAGUACCAGGGUCAGAAGCAGCGGAAGGAAAAUUUGCCCAGAUGCUCUUUACCGACCUCUUCAAAGACUAUUCCAGCGCCCUGAGGCCAGUGGAGGACACAGACAAGGUGCUUAAUGUCACCCUGCAGAUCACGUUGUCCCAGAUCAAAGAUAUGGACGAAAGGAACCAGAUUCUGACGGCCUACCUGUGGAUUCGCCAACUGUGGCACGAUGCUUAUCUGCGCUGGGACCGCGAACAGUACGACGGGCUGGACUCCAUCCAGAUCCCCAGCAGCUUGGUGUGGCGCCCCGACAUUGUCCUUUACAACAAAGCUGACGACGAUUUCUCGGAGCCUCUGAGCACCAACGUGGUCCUGAGGCAUGACGGCCUGAUCAUGUGGGAUGCCCCGGCCAUCACCCGGAGCUCCUGUGUGGUGGACGUGUCUUACUUCCCCUUCGACAGCCAGCAGUGCAACCUGACCUUCGGCUCAUGGACCUACAACGGGAACCAGGUGGACAUCUUCAAUGCCCUGGCCAAUGGGGACCUGUCGGACUUCGUGGAGGACGUGGAGUGGGAGAUCCACGGUAUGCCCGCCGUGAAGAAUGUGGUCACCUACGGCUGCUGCUCAGAGUCGUACCCGGAUGUGACCUUCACCCUCGUCUUGAAGAGAAAGUCCUCUUUCUACAUCGUCAACCUCCUGCUCCCCUGUGUCCUCAUCUCCUUCUUGGCCCCUCUGAGCUUCUACCUCCCGGCGGCUUCUGGAGAGAAGGUGUCGCUGGGGGUCACCGUUCUGCUGUCCAUGACCGUGUUUCAGUUGAUGGUGGCGGAGAGCAUGCCACCCUCGGAGAAUGUGCCCCUGAUAGGCAAGUACUAUAUCGCCACGAUGGCCCUCAUCACGGCUUCUACGGUGCUGACCAUCAUGGUGAUGAACAUCCACUUCUGCGGGGAGGAAGCCAAACCUGUCCCACACUGGGUCCGGCUGGUCGUCCUGGACUACAUGUCCAAGAUCUUCCUUGUCUAUGAUGUGGGGGAGAGCUGCACAUCUCCCCAGCGAGGCAGGGCCCGGGACCACACCCUCCGCCAGGACCUGGACUGGUGCAGACCCCCGAGCGGGGACCCGGAGGUCUCCGGCGACCAGGAGGAGAACCAGUUGGUGAGGGCCAAGGCCUGCCGCCGGGAUGACGGGCUGGCAGCAAGCAACGGGCACUGCCCUCAGUGGCACGCUUUGGCAAGGGACAUCGAGUACAUAGCCUUGUGCCUGAAGGCCCACAGGUCCCACAGUGCCAAGGGCAGCGAGUGGAAGAAGGUGGCCCGCGUGAUGGACAGGUUCUUCAUGUGGGUCUUCUUCUUGAUGGUGUUCGUCAUGAGCGUCUUGAUCAUUGCCAACGCUGUGUGACCUGGGAGAGAGUUACCCGUCAGACCUGGUGCUACCGGCCCGACAUUAUUGGAAAGAAGGCAAGUACGUGAGUGUCCAACACAAUGAAAUUACUGCAUUCCCAAACUGCUUGCAUACCUUCCGUGGUGAAAUUGGCUCUCAGGAGGCUGGGAGCCUAACGAUGUUUGGGGUCCACUUAAGCAAGGAGAGGUUCCCCCCAGGCUACCUUCUGUGGGGGGCAUACAGUUCUAUAUGGGGGCUUCAGGUACGGGGGUGAGGAGAAUGGAUAAGAUUUGUGUUGGAUCUCACGGCUCUGACAAAGCUGCUUUCCACAAGUCAAAGACUGUUGCAAUGGUUUUGGGAGAGGUGGAGCUGUAAAAAUAUAAAAAUAGUAAUAAUAAAUGUGGAAUACGUUAAGCACUUA